CUUCCUCUCAGUACACUACGGUGGCCGACGAGAGUCAGACGCUGGGGAUGAAUGAAGGUGCUGGGUGCAGGUCGAAAAAGUCUGUUCCGCUUUCCCGCUCUCCAGUCCCGGUUCUGCCUCUGUGCGGUGUCCCCAUCCUGCCCCCUUCGUCUCAGCGACCCGUCCCGGCGUCUGAGUUCUUAGUGCCCAGAUCGACUCGGGGCCCAGCUGGGGUUUGGGGAUCCGGAUUAUCGCCUAGGCCCGACUUCGGACCGCGCUCUCCGUUUCCGCCGUGUCCCGCUUCUAGGACGCGGAAUCCGGGUGGGGUCCCGUGAGGCUGGAGGGUAGACCUUCAGGAUCGACAGUGAUGAUGACUGAGUGUACAAGCCUUCAGUUUGUCAGCCCUUUUGCUUUCGAGGCGAUGCAGAAGGUGGAUGUUGUUCGCCUGGCGUCUUUAAGUGAUCCAGAAUUAAGACUUCUCCUACCUUGCUUGGUUCGGAUGGCACUCUGUGCUCCUGCUGACCAGAGCCAAAGCUGGGCUCAGGAUAAAAAACUUAUCCUUCGCCUUCUCUCUGGAGUAGAAGCUGUCAACUCCAUUGUUGCAUUGUUAUCUGUGGACUUUCAUGCUUUAGAACAGGAUGCCAGCAAAGAACAGCAGCUUAGGCAUAAACUUGGAGGAGGCAGUGGAGAGAGCAUCCUGGUAUCACAGCUUCAGCAUGGUCUGACAUUAGAAUUUGAGCACAGUGAUUCACCUCGUCGAUUGCGUCUUGUGCUUAGUGAACUGUUGGCGAUUAUGAACAAGGUGUCUGAGUCUAAUGGAGAAUUUUUUUUCAAGUCUUCUGAGCUCUUUGAGAGUCCAGUCUAUUUGGAGGAAGCUGCAGAUGUACUUUGUAUUUUACAAGCAGAGCUCCCUUCCUUGCUUCCUAUAGUUGAUGUAGCUGAAGCCUUGCUACAUGUUAGAAAUGGUGCUUGGUUCUUGUGUCUCUUGGUGGCCAAUGUUCCUGAUAGUUUUAAUGAAGUUUGUAGGGGCCUGAUAAAAAAUGGAGAACGACAAGAUGAAGAAAGUCUUGGAGGAAGGCGCAGGACAGAUGCCUUACGUUUCUUAUGUAAAAUGAAUCCUUCUCAAGCCCUCAAGGUCCGAGGCAUGGUGGUGGAAGAAUGUCACUUGCCAGGCCUUGGUGUGGCUUUGACAUUGGAUCAUACUAAAAAUGAAGCUUAUGAAGAUGGAGUGAGUGACUUAGUUUGUUUUGUUAGUGGUUUGCUUCUUGGAACAAAUGCGAAAGUCCGGACUUGGUUUGGAACUUUUAUCCGAAAUGGACAGCAGAGAAAAAGAGAGACCAGCAGUUCUGUCCUGUGGCAAAUGAGAAGGCAGCUUCUUCUGGAGUUGAUGGGCAUUCUUCCUACAGUAAGAAGUACCCGCAUCGUGGAAGAAGCUGAUGUGGACAUGGAGCCCAAUGUGUCUGUGUAUUCAGGGCUGAAAGAAGAGCAUGUUGUGAAAGCCAGUGCACUCUUACGUCUGUACUGUGCUUUGAUGGGCAUCGCUGGACUCAAGCCAACUGAAGAAGAAGCUGAACAAUUAUUGCAGUUGAUGACAAGCCGUCCUCCUGCUACCCCAGCUGGGGUUCGCUUUGUUUCACUCUCCUUUUGUAUGCUACUGGCAUUUUCCACACUCGUCAGUACACCUGAACAGGAGCAGCUAAUGGUGGUGUGGCUGAGUUGGAUGAUAAAAGAAGAAGCCUAUUUUGAGAGUACUUCAGGUGUCUCUGCUUCUUUUGGGGAGAUGUUAUUAUUGGUGGCUAUGUAUUUUCACAGCAAUCAGCUUAGUGCUAUCAUUGACUUGGUCUGUUCCACUUUGGGGAUGAAGAUUGUAAUUAAACCAAGUUCCUUGAGCAGGAUGAAGACUAUCUUCACACAGGAAAUUUUCACUGAGCAGGUUGUCACAGCUCAUGCAGUUCGUGUUCCUGUCACCAGCAACCUCAGUGCCAACAUUACAGGGUUUUUGCCUAUUCAUUGUAUUUACCAGCUUCUCAGGAGUCGUUCCUUUACCAAGCACAAAGUGUCAAUAAAAGAUUGGAUUUAUAGACAGCUGUGUGAAACCUCCACUCCACUCCAUCCUCAACUACUUCCUCUGAUUGAUGUGUACAUAAACUCUAUACUUACUCCUGCAUCCAAAUCUAAUCCAGAAGCCACAAAUCAGCCAGUCACAGAACAGGAGAUACUCAAUAUUUUCCAAGGAGUCAUUGGGGGUGACAACAUCCGCCUUAACCAGCGUUUCAGUAUCACAGCCCAGCUUUUGGUGCUCUACUAUAUCCUAUCAUAUGAGGAAGCUCUCCUAGCAAACACAAAGAGUCUAGCUGCCAUGCAAAGAAAGCCCAAAUCAUAUUCUUCUUCUUUAAUGGAUCAGAUUCCAAUCAAAUUCCUUAUUCGACAGGCUCAAGGACUGCAGCAAGAGUUGGGAGGGUUGCAUUCAGCUUUACUACGUCUCCUUGCAACUAACUACCCACAUUUGUGUAUUGUGGAUGACUGGAUCUGUGAAGAAGAAAUCACAGGGACUGAUGCCCUGUUAAGGCGAAUGCUCCUGACUAAUAAUGCUAAAAACCACUCUCCUAAACAACUCCAAGAAGCAUUUUCAGCUGUCCCAGUUAGUCACACACAAGUGAUGCAGAUUAUAGAACACUUGACUCUGCUCUCUGCCAGUGAACUUAUACCAUAUGCGGAAGUGUUAACAUCCAAUAUGAACCAGCUGUUGAAUUCAGGGGUUCCACGGCGAAUUCUUCAAACAGUCAAUAAACUAUGGAUGGUUCUUAAUACUGUGAUGCCUAGAAGACUGUGGGUAAUGACAGUUAAUGCGCUUCAGCCUUCAAUAAAGUUUGUACGACAACAAAAGUAUACUCAGAAUGACCUAAUGAUAGAUCCUCUCAUUGUCCUAAGGUGUGAUCAGAGGGUUCACAGAUGCCCUCCACUGAUGGAUAUUACUUUACACAUGUUGAAUGGAUAUCUUCUUGCAUCUAAAGCCUACCUUAGUGCUCAUUUGAAGGAAACAGCAGAGCAAGAUAGACCUUCCCAGAAUAAUACAAUAGGUUUAGUUGGACAAGCUGAUGCUCCAGAAGUUACCAGAGAAGAAUUGAAAAAUGCACUGCUGGCUGCUCAGGAUAGUGCAGCUGUCCAGAUUCUUUUAGAGAUUUGCUUACCUACUGAAGAAGAAAAGGGAAAUGGUGUCAAUCCAGACAGCUUGCUAAGGAACGUUCAAAGUGUUAUUACUACCAGCACUCCAAAUAAGGGAAUGGAGGAAGGAGAAGGACAUUUGCUCUGUAAUCUUCGAGAAGUUCAGUGCCUUAUCUGUUGUCUGUUGCAUCAGAUGUACAUUGCAGAUCCCAACAUUGCUAAGCUUGUUCACUUUCAGGGUUAUCCAUGUGAACUUUUGCCUCUGACAGUUGCGGGUAUUCCAUCUAUGCACAUCUGUCUGGAUUUCAUACCUGAGCUUAUUGCACAACCAGAACUUGAAAAACAGAUAUUUGCUAUCCAGUUGCUUUCUCACUUGUGUAUCCAGUAUGCAUUACCAAAGUCACUUAGUGUGGCUCGCUUAGCUGUCAAUGUCAUGGGAACUUUGCUAACAGUUUUAACACAGGCUAAGCGGUAUGCUUUUUUCAUGCCAACUCUGCCAAGCUUGGUCUCUUUUUGUCGAGCAUUUCCUCCUCUAUAUGAGGAUAUCAUGUCUUUGCUGAUCCAAAUAGGGCAAGUUUGUGCUUCUGAUGUUGCCACUCAGACAAGAGACAUUGAUCCAAUUAUUACACGUCUUCAACAAAUAAAGGAGAAGCCAAGUGUAUGGUCUCAAAUCUGUAAAGAUCCAUCUUAUAAAAAUGGAUCCAGGGACAUUGGAAGCAUGGAUCCAGAUGUACAGCUCUGUCAUUGUAUUGAAAGCACAAUAAUUGAAAUAAUAAACAUGAGUGUUAGUGGAAUUUAAACAAAAUUAAAAAAAAAAGAAGAAGAAGCUGUUUGCUGCAUACACCCAAUAUGAAUCUUCAUCUUUUAACAACUCUAAGCUAAACGGGAACAGUGAUGUUUUGGAAUCAUUAAAACAAUUUAGUUCAUUGUGAAUACAAUUUAGAACUCUUUGAGAAUUAUGCUUGCUUGUAUUUGAUUGGCACAUCUUUGGAUCUACUUUGCUGGUAUUUUUAUAUUGUAGCAACCAAACUUUUUUUUCCCAUUUGGAACACAUUUAAGAAACUCAUUAUUGGAAAGGGAGUUUGACCUUUGUAUUUUGCUUUUGAAGUGAAGAAGGACUGCCAUGACUUUAAUUUUUUAUAAAAAUGAGUCUAUGGGUAGUUUAUUUUAACUGUGAACUCAGAGUGACAAAGAUGCAGUGGUGAUAGAGAGUAAAAGAGAUCAAGGGAAAGGAGAAUAAGAAAAAUUAGGAGGUAACAACUCAAAUAGAAAUCUCAAAGACUUGCAAUGCAAGUAAUAGUAAAGCAAGUUGGAAUUCUAGUUCUCAAGAAACGGUAUUUAGAAGGCUUUUAAAAAGGCAAGUAGCUUUUGUAAGUGAUUUCCAUGGAAUUAAAGAUAAGGAUUUGAAGAUUUCACAUAUUUGCUUCAAUUUUUACUGUUAUAUGAAGCCAUCUGUUUAAAGAGAUACUUGAUUAAGUUGGAAUUUUAAGAUACUGGUUUAAAAGUGUUUACAGAAAUGUCUUUGUUCAAAGAAGAACCCGAAAGGAGGUCUCAUUUAGAUUUUUGUUACAAAUUUAUUUUUAUAAUGCUUUAUUGACUUAUCUAAUGCUCAGAGGGGGAAAUAUGUAUCACAUUAAAUGAAGUUUAGGGUAAAUAAACCCACUGAUUAAGAACUCUUGGUUUGUCAUCAGGAUAUAAUUCCCAUCUUGAGAAGAUCUUUGAGAAAAUAUAUACAGUGCUUGAACCUCAGGAAAACUUAAAAUGUGGAAAAUAUUGUCUGGCUGAAGGAUGUUGAAUCCUGUUAGCAACUUCCAUUGAUUAGGCAGUUGUAUUCAGGAAAACUAUAAUCCUUAUUAAAAAAAAAAAAAAGUAUCCACUGUAGAAGGUACUUCUCAUUGCUCUCUGAGAUAUACCUCAAUUACACGCCUUUUCCCCCCACUUGACUCAGACCUCCUCACUUAUAAAAGACAGGUGGGCGCUGGGCUCAGUGGCUCAGCCUGUAAUCCC